CUCAUCUAUUGGUUUAUUUCCCAAACAUUUCAAUUUGCAGUCGCAGUGGACUGGAGCACACACGUCCCCUCAAGAUCGGGCUGUGUUUCCCGGCUGAGAAAUCAUGGUGAAGGCCGUAAUUGGAGACGAAACUCGGCUCAAAUUCGCCGAAAAUCGCUUAGCUUCCUCUGUCCUUCAUUCUCAGGUAGGGCUUGUGCUCGGGAAACUGAAUCCGAAAUUAGAUAGAGGAUUCGUGUAUGAUCUGGUGCCCACACCGCCUAAUGACGGUGGCGAACCGCCGUGUUCAGUAAUCGACGGCCCUGGAGAAAGUAGCAAUAUCAAGAAGAAGAAUACUUCCAAAUCGAAAUCUCAGUUGGAGUCUUCUGCGCUGUGGAUUGAUCAGGAGUGGGUCUCUGAGCAUGCUCGCCAGGUUCUUAGCAUGAUUCCAUUUGGUAUUAGUGCAACUUUCUUACUGGUCUCAAGAAUGCUAUUGGGUGGCGUGAAGGUGGUUGGUAUCUACAUAUGGGUCAAUGAAGGCUUGUUCAAGAACUCGACUAUAACACUAUGCCAGACUGUAAAAGGAGUUGCUGAAGCGGCCUCCUUAUUGAUGACCGGUUGCAGUGGUGGAUUGCUUGUUCAUAUCAGUUCUAGCCCUCUAAGGUGCUCAAAGGAGCACAUAUUUCCUGAUCUAAACUUGUGUUUUAGGUGGACAUGCAAAAGUUGCUCGCUAGCAGCAAAUAUUACAUCGAGCACUCUACGGCCUUGUGAUUUUAGAAUGGGAAAAGUGUUGGGUUCUCUUCAAACAUUUAGAUGCUCAUACAACUUUGAUUUAAGGUUGCCUGUAACCCACGAGGCUGGAGGGGAUAUUAGAAGAUUCUCUGAUGUUCUUCGUGAUGAAAUGAUGGUCCAUGCCAAGGAACUUACAGUAGCAAAAGCUUUGAUCGAUGGAAAAUUGGUGGCUGAGGAUGAUCACAGUGUACCAGGUGAUUUUCAUGAAGUUGAGUUUCUCCUGCCUUUGUUGCAAGAGAUGUAUAUUGAAGCAUGUAACAAGAAAGAGGUUCUUGGUGUUCUUCACUUUAAAGGCUCUGUAUGUUCUCUUUCAUACUUGAAUGCGAAGGAGUCUGUUUCACAAGCUUUGCUUGAUAUAAAGGAAGAUAUAACUCGGAGUUUGCAAAGUAGACUCGAGAUCAUGUGUGAUGAGGCAGAGAGGUACUUGGAGUCAGUCAAGCAAGAUGGUCAGGAACCAAACAUCCAUACACCAGUUGACAAACCUGAUCCACGCGUUGAUCUUCUUGUACAAAGCAAACAGUGCAAUCUAUCAUUCCCUCGAAGAGUGUUUGUUCCAUGGCUGGAAGGCACAUAUAUAUGCGAUUAUAUUCUGCCAUCAGAGACAAUGGAGGCUCUCCAAGAUCAUUGUGUUGAGUUGACGUCCACAGAAUUUCCGGAAGAUUCUUCGGAAAUUUUGGAACCUGAAUCUGAAGCCCCUAUUGUGAAAGUUUCAGCAAACAAGAAAACCUUUUGGGCUAUUGCAACUGACUACUCAUCGACAGCUAUAUCAGAUAAUUCAGUUUCAAAGAGUAAGGAAAUUAGGAGUGAUAACUCUUGGGAGUCGAUGGAUUUGAAGACAGUGAUAUCUAUUUUGGUUCCGAGUCUUGCUAUCUUAGUAUGGCUAGUCUUUCACAUUCUCGGGAUAGAGUAACUUAUGGUGCUAGUCGCGUUGUUGGAAGUCCUUUUGCCAGUGCUGGUUCCACAGAAUGGUUGAUAUUGCUUUAAUAGUUGAGUCAUUUGCAGGAAAAUCAAAGGAAAUAUAUAGAGGAUGUUCGAAACAAUUUUCAGUUUUGGAAACUAUUACCCCUUAUGUAAGAUUGAUGUUCUGAGUUUCAAGUAGAAAAUGGUUAAAAACCCACUUUGAUGUUAUUUCUGCCAAUUUUUCCUGUUAUACUGCGUAUUAAUUGUUACCUAAUUGUAUAUUAAAGGUUAUCACAAUAUUAUUACUGUUUUCCUUUCACGAACACAUAUUUUCCCUCUUUGAAAUAAUACCCAACAUCUACCAUUUCCAAAUCACUUCAUACACAACAAUAUUCUGUAUCGGGUGCAAUACAAAUAUAAAAUUUUCAUCUUAAAUUCAAACUUCAACUAAUGCUCAUUAACUCGUGUUUAUCAAUUUUAGAAACCUUUGACUUUAUGCUUCAAAAGUUAGGUUGCUAGUAUUUACUAUUAUUUUCAAUUCAGGUUUUUAGUCCAUACAGUUCUUGGCUAAAUAUGAAUUACGAAUAAAAUCAGUUCUUGCCCUUGUAAAUUAUGCUUUUUGUUGAGAAAACCAAAUUUAUUGUUUUUUUUUUUCUUUUAUGCCAUGUAUUUAGUCUCUUCUAUUUUUACUUCAGCUUUUUCCAGAAUUAUGUUCUGUUGCUUUGGGUAUCUGGGUCUAAGUUUGUGUUCUUGACAAUGAUGAAAACGGGU